AUGAGGAACCUACUUUUGGUCCUUGUGGUCCUAGUCUUGCUCUCCUAUGUUCCACCAGUUAGAAGUGGGCCAAAUGCUUUCAUACGACAAAUGUUUUCUACAUGCUGGCGACUAAAAGGAAAUUGCAAGAAAAAAUGUUCAAAAGACGAAGUGUUUCAUAUUCUGUGUGACAAUAUGUCUUUAUGCUGUGUCUCAAGCGCUCAUUUACCUAUGAUGGGUCCGGGUGUCCCUAUAGGUUACCCAUACCUCACCUUUAAGGGAGAGAUCAGUAUCACAGCACUCAGUGCACCCAACGUGCAGCCAUAUGUCAGUUAG